AUGAAGACUGCCUACACUAACGCCUAUCGAUGCCUGGCCAAGGACCUGGACGCGUACGCCAUGAACACGGACAUGACGAUGGACAGCAUCGGCAGCCUGCACGGCGGGGUGUCGGUGAGCUCUGUGGCCGCUGAUGGGGAUCUGAUGAGCGGCCACAGCCCACACCACGGCCGCGGGGGCUCCUCGGUGUCCAGCCUGCGGAUACACCAGGAUCUAGCCUCCCGCUCGGCCAUGGUGACCGGCAUGGCCACGAUCCUGGACGGCAGCGGGGAGUACCGUCCCGAGCUGUCCUUACCGCUGCACCACGCCAUGAGCGUCCCGUGUGACGCGUCCUCUCCCGGGAUGGGGAUGAGCGGCACAUACACCACCUUAACCCCGCUGCAGCCGCUGCCCCCCAUCUCCACCGUGUCCGACAAGUUUCACCACCAUCACCACCACCACCAGCGGCUCUCCGGGAACGUCAGCGGGAGCUUCACACUCAUGCGGGACGAGCGGGGUCUGCCGGGCAUGAACAACUUGUACAGCCCCUACCACAAAGACCACAUGCCCGGGAUGGGUCAGAGUCUGUCCCCGGUGCUGGGGAACGGCCUGGGCUCUAUACACAACAGCCAGCAGGCUCUCCACAAUUACGGCACCACGACGCACGGAGGCCACGACAAGAUGCUCAACUUCGACGCCUCCAUGCUGGCCAGAGGAGCGGAGCACCACCAGCACCGAGGCCUCUCCGGCCCCGCGACCGGGAUGAUGCCGCACCUGAACGGGAUGCACCACCCCGGACACCCGGCCGUGUCCUCGGCGGGCCACCACCCCCACUCCCACCCCCACCUCCAGUCUCCGUCCCACGGGCCCAUAUUGGCUUCCACUCGGGAAAGGCCGCCCUCCUCCUCCGGGACGCAGGGGGUGAACAGCUCAGGACAGCUGGAGGAAAUCAACACCAAGGAGGUAGCGCAGAGGAUCACGGCGGAGCUCAAGAGGUACAGCAUCCCCCAGGCCAUCUUCGCCCAGAGGGUGCUGUGCCGCUCCCAGGGGACCCUGUCAGACCUCCUGAGGAACCCCAAACCGUGGAGUAAACUAAAGUCGGGACGGGAGACCUUCAGGAGGAUGUGGAAGUGGCUGCAGGAGCCUGAGUUUCAGAGGAUGUCGGCCCUCAGACUGGCAGGUGGGAGUAGCUCGGGUCUCUCAGAGCUUCGACAGCUUCAUGAUGAUCCACACAGAUCCAGUCAGAGCUCUGGGGACGUUACAGCUUGCAAACGAAAGGAGCAGGACACGGGGAAAGAACGCAACAGUACGCCAAAGAAGUCGCGGCUGGUCUUCACUGACCUGCAGCGGCGCACCCUGCUGGCCAUCUUCAAGGAGAACAAGCGACCGUCCAAGGAGAUGCAGCUCACCAUCUCUCAGCAGCUCGGCCUUGAACUCAGCACCGUCAGCAACUUCUUCAUGAACGCCCGCCGCCGGAGCCUCGACAAAUGGACAGACGAUGGAGCCAGCCCUGGCGGCCAAUCUUCGGCGUCCAGCACUUGUACCAAAGCGUGA